AUGGUCUCUGACCAGCACUACGACCUUUGUCGUUCUAUAUUAGAAGACUCGACAAUAGAAGAAGAAGAUAAAACAGAACGCUUGGAGGAGUUACUCGGCAAGGAAGCCGGGUUGAGCGGACAUGCCCUGGAGAAUGCUGUUUUGGAUGCCUUAUGGAAACAUCGAAAUGCGCAACGCGGAGAGGUAUCAGAGACGCCCUUGAGACACCAUGUCAUUCGGAGGUCGUCUCCUGCUCCCUGGCAGAUCAAUAGGGCUCCUACACCUUUGGGAUCUCCUCCUCCCCUCUCGUCCAGUCCCGCUCUCUCGGUUGGUUUCCCGGCUUCGCGCCCCAGUUUCUCCCGCCAGAAGUCCAGUGCACAGUCGCCCUUCGGUUCGCCUCGACCUUCACCACGUCUCGCGUUAGCCCAACCUAUACCGCAUAGUCCCAGCUUGAAUGCUUAUGAAUUCUCCGACUCUAGCCCGGCACCAGAUAUCUACGGUGAUUAUGGCCACGAAAAUGUCGAUUGGCUGUUAGCAGAUGAAACGGCGAGUAAUGCCUCAUCCACAGCUACGGCACACCUGAGUGCUGCGGCGCCUGAAUGGGUCCCCCAACCAGAUAUGAGUCCUUACGAUAUUCUGCGAUCAGUGCUGGGUGACCGCAAGACAGAUGACGAGAUUGAGGACGCCCUCAACAAGCAUUCGUAUGACUUGGGUGCCACCAUUGCUGCAUUAUUGGGAACAGAUACGGCCGACGCGCAAUACACAGGGGUGCCGAGCAAUGAGGCCAAAGUUCUGGUAGGCAAGUCUAUGUCAGUGAAUCAGGCCCGGCCUUCCACUCCGAGUGCCGGAAAGAGUUCGAUUGUCUGCAAAUACUGGUUAGCCUCUGGAUCUUGUCUUCGCGCAGACUGCCGAUUCGCUCACGACACCAGCGGCUAUCUUUGCAAGUACUGGAUGAACGGUAACUGUUUAGCAGGCGACGCUUGUCAAUUUUCUCAUGACCCAGCCCUCCUUGUCAAUCAUCUCUCGGUUGGCGAGGCUAGUCCUACUCCACACUUCCCACUUCAAGACCAGAACGAUCAAUUCCCUAGCCUUUCCAACCAGAAUGUCCGAAGCGCCCUCCAGGCUGGGCUAGCAGCUGGAAAUACUUUUGUACCAACCAGCCAGAAAAGCCGAAGCAGCUUGGGCAAUCUUGCCCCCGGCUCUCGGCCUCAUUCCAGGCCCAACUCACGGCAUCAGAACCGUCCGGAAACACCUUCUUCUCUAGCCAUGGACGACCCAGAAGCAUUUCCAAGUCUAGGGUCGCUGAGCGUGAAGCGAGGAGCGAAGCAAUAUAGUCAACGGUCUAGGCACGGACCUGGAAGUAUGGAGAGAGAGACACCGUCUUCGCUUGCGGACGUGGUGCGUAUGUCGCCGUCUCCAAAUCCUGCACAGGCACGGAAAACAGACCCUACCCGAAAGAUCCGAACGUACGGAGGAUCUGAGGGUGCGACCGCACGUAAAAUACCGGAGCCACAGCACAUUCCAUGGCUGGAGACCGGUGCUCGGGCCAACCAGCAAUACAUGAAAUACCGACAGGAAGCCAUCAAACACGGAAGUAUACGCAACAAAUUUUUGCAGAGUGCGGCCCAAGCCUGGAAUCGCAAUGAUGCCCGCGCAGCGAAGGCACUGUCACUUCGCGGACAAGCCGAAAACGACGCAAUGAGAAAGGCCCACCGAGAAGCAGCCAAGGCGUUGUAUGACGAGCGCAACCCACAUCUCUCGGCACCAGUCGAUGAAGACGAAGAGAUGUACAUCGAUCUGCAUGGUCUUCACCCGGAGGAGGCCAUUGAGUACCUCGAAAAUAUCCUCUCCACUCAGGCCAAACGUGGAAGGAGGAUCAUAUACGCCAUCACUGGAACAGGACAUCAUAGCAAGAACGGCAAGGACAAAGUGGGCAAGGGCGUGCGCAACUGGUUGAACGAAUGGGGCUACACUUUCCGCGAGUUCAGUGUCCCUGGCGAGCGAGGCGGAUACAUUGGCGGGGUGUUGGGUGUUGAUAUCACGAGUCGCAGCCGGCAGCCCAUCUCCGCGGGAGGCGGCUCGAAAGGAGAGGACGAGGUUUCUCCCACACCAGCUGUUGCUACGUCGGUGGGCAGCAAGAUCCAAGUUCUCAAACGUGAGGAGGUGCCCGCGUGA